AGAAUCAACAUUGAUAUACAUUAUUGUGGAAUAAUACAAGUUAUUUUCCACAGAUUUAAUUAAUAAAUAUUUAUAUAAAAAGGGUCGGAGUAUUUUCACCUUCCAUAGAAGAUUAUAUUGGGCCCAAACAGUUUACUACCCGGCCCUCUCCAGCUGAGUUUGUAAAUUGCAACUCACUCGGGCAAUUGAAUUUUCUCAUUUUUCAUAAUCGCACGCACAUACGAAUUACGAUGCAAGAUUGGCACCUUCAUUUAUGUUAUUAUGCAAUCAACUAUCAAGACUGGUUAAAGAUGGCAUUUUGGCAAGAUGGUUCAGCAGGUUAUUGUUAAAUUACUUGAUUGUGUAAAUAUUCGUUCCCAAAUUUUUCGUCUCCACGAAGUUGGAUAUGUUAUGGACAGGAGUGGCGGCAGAGAGGUGCAAGGGGUUUUUGUUAUAUUAUAUAAAUAGGGUAAAAAUGACCUAUAUAUAUGUUGUUGAAUCUCGUUAGCAUAAGAUAUUUUUUUUGAAUUCCUGGCUCCAUGCACUCAAAAAUGAAUUGUUGGUUCAAAAUAUUGUUAUUAAAAAUUUAAGGCUUUGUUUCGAUGGCAGAACUGACAAUGGAAGGAGAAAAAGUAGCACUUUUCUUUGUUGCAUUUCUUUGCUUGAGUUAUGCUUAUGAGGUUUCAGUAUCUUGUAUGAUGGCUUAUGAUGAGGGUGGUGCUUCAGCAGUUUUUAACUCACCUGAAUGUCGUCCGUGGGAUUUUUCUGCUGCUAUUAAAAAUGGAACAGAUAAAUGCUUGGUAGCGACGCAUCAGGGGCGUAGGAAAUACCAAGAAGAUCGUAUUAGAUGCUAUCCUCGUGUUAUUGUUCCUGUUUUAGGUGAAGAUGGGGUGGGAGAAGCUAGUGUGGGUAUAGCGGCAGUGUUUGAUGGACACGGAGGCAAGGAAGCAAGUGAGAUGGCUUCUCAGAAGUUCUUUGAUUACUUUCUAUUGCACAUUGUUUUCAACACAUACAAGAAUCUCUUUUCACACAGUAAAGAGCAUCAAGAAGCAGGUCAAUAUAGCUUGAAAUUCAAAGUUGAUGAUGAGUCGACGCAUGGAAUCCUAGAGAAAGCCCUCUUGAGAACAAUCCAAGAUAUAGAUUCAGAGUUUACCCAGGAAGCUUUGAAGAAUGACUACAUUUCUGGAUCAACUGCAAUAGUUGUUCUUUGGAUGAAUGGGGAGAUAUUAGUUGGUAACCUGGGUGACUCAAAAGCAAUCGUAUGCUCGAGGAGAAGUCAUUUUGAUCAGGGAAAUGAAGGUGAUUUGGUCACAAGUCUUCAAGCUGAGGAACUAACAAAGGAUCACCAUCCUGAUAGGGAUGAUGAAAAGGCUAGAAUUGAAGCAGCUGGUGGGGUUGUCCUCUUUGUUGGCGUGCCUCGUGUCAAUGGUAUAUUAGCCGUCUCAAGGUCGAUUGGUGAUAUUCGUUUGAAAAGAUAUGGAGUUAUUGCUGAACCAGAGGUCACGGGUUGGAGACAUUUGUCAACUGAUGACUGGUAUGUGGUGAUAGGAUCCGAUGGCAUAUUUGAGAGUAGCAGCAGCCAGGAUGCCUGUGAUAUUUUAAGCGGAGGACAUGCCAAGACAUCUAUCGACUCGUCCUUCUGUCCAUCAUCAUCCUCUUUAGCAGACUGCAUUGUCCACAAUGCAUUUAGUAAAGGUAGCGGUGAUAACUUGUCUGUAAUUGUCAUUCCAUUGAGACAAGAAUCACCUUCACUGGAACACAAACACCACAUAUAAAAUGUUGUAUUCCUUGAAA